GUACGCUGCCGUUUCUCUCCGCAAACAGCUAAAACACCUGUGUCGGUUACGGUUAUUUUGAGGAUUCAGCUUUAUGUCCACAUUACUUCUUAUUUUCUGGAACUUAUUUUGACAGUUCCCUCCACACAGACCUCAACAACAGGUUUGCGGGACGCGGCGACGCCGACAAAUACGUAAGCGUCAACUUCAGUUACUGUUUGGAGAAUCAUGUCAAAGCUGCAGUCUCUGCUGGAGGAUGGAGUCAGGUCAGAGUUGUUGCUCCAGCAGCAGCUCAAGGCCUUGAGCGAGACUCUCCAGCAGCAGCUGCAGGAGGCAGAGAGGAGACAGAUGGAGGAACUGGAGAAGAGGAUUCAUCAGAACGCUCUCCUGUCAACAGGAGACAGAUACUCUGGUGGUGGGGAUGAACUAAACAACCACAUCAAAAGAUCUGCUUCUGAACCUGCCCUGGACUCACACAAAGAUACUUUGCUCAAGUCUAACUUAUCAUCCCCAGCUCGCUUAUUGUCAACAAACAGAAAUCAUUCAGAAGCGUCAUCAAUAGUGAUUCCUGACAAAACCCGAUUGCCUUCAGUUAAAACAACGCAGAUGAUCAAAGAGGAGGAGGCUGAAGCAGAAUGUCAGAAGAAGUUUGUCGCUUCCCCGGCCCCCAGACAUGUCACCCAGCCGCUCUACCAGCAGAUGGUGGAGAGGAAAGAGAAGGAGAGGAAGCUGGUUGUUGAGCAGAGGACGAACCUCUUGCUCUCUAUGCAAAAACCCUUUAGCUUUCACGAGAGAGAAAGGCAGAAAAGGGAGAAGUUGAUGGCAAUGACAAAGGUUAUGGAUCAGGAGAACAAAGAUAAAAAGGUUAUAAAACCGCACAAAGUAGAGAACUCUGAGGCAAAUGAGCAGGAGGACGGGUGCAGGAGGGUUUCCACUAAUCCCACAGCAUCUGGCAUCCCCAAACUUCGCACUGCUCAGCGCAACAGGAAGCAGAAGCUGGGAUUUCUAGAUGACAAACCGAGCUUCCGUCCGAAAAUCAUCCAUCAGGUCCCCGAUUUCAUCAGGCUGCACAGGGCGCUACAAACCGAGAUGCUUGGGAAAAACGCGAUUAAAGAUGGAACCAAGUGUCAGCCUUUCAGUCUGAGGACGUCGACUCUCCCUGAAAGGCAACGCAGGACGAGCCCUGAAAGCUCCCAGGUAUUAAACAUGAGUCUCUCCAGGAGCAAAUCCCUUGGGGCCUUAACAUCAUUAUCCUCAGACACGCUCCCUACAUACAUCAGCGAUGCUGCGAGGAAGCGCUGCACAGCCAUAAGAAAUUCAAUGGAGGUGAGAGAGAGUAAGAACCAGGAGAGUGCAGAAUGGUUUAGGAAGUAUCAAACGCGGUCUCGGGCCAUGAAGAAGGCGGUGGCCCUACAUGCAAAGCUGCUGGACCCUCAUCGGAGCUUGAAUGAAGUGUUUCAUGAUAAGACUCGGCACCACAGGGAGGCUGACAAACAGAAGAUGAGGGAAUACAGCAAAGAGUUACAGGAAAUGAAGGCGCGAGUCAGUGAACGCCCCUAUUUGUUCCAGCUGGUGAAACAGAAAAAUGCAAAAGCUCACGCCGAGCAGGUUUUUUGGGACAAACUGAAGAAGGCUGGACUAAAGGAGCAGUUUGUUGAAGAAAACGGUGAAGCUGGUGAAGAAGUAUCGUCAUCAUCAUCAUCCCGAUCUGAGGAAAACCGAAGCAAUGACAGCUGCAGUCCUGAGAAUGACAUGUACAACAGGGAAGAAAAUGUAGACGACGGGGAGAAAAUUGAAGCUGUGGAAGAGGAGAGCGUGAAGUCCAAAGGGGAAGAAAUGGCAUGAUCAAAAAGGUUCAGGCGGCACCGAGUUCUCUGUGGCCGCUCCUCUAGAAAACAACACUGUCCCUAAAAGUGAUUCAUGUCAUGGCUCACUGUCCGCACCAAAAGUUGAUAGUUUUAGUGUGCAACUAUAAAUUAUGAAAUUACAAAACAUCUGGACUUAAAAUCACCAAUGUUAAGGAUUACAGCCGUGGAAAAAUAAAGGUUUAUAGAAACGUAUAAGGAACAUUUAUUAUGUUUUGAGUUUGAAUUCAUACAGUGAAGAAAACAAGCCUUUUUUACGUAAAAGUGUUGAUGAACAAUUAGUAUAUGUAAAUUAUAGAAGGAAUUAAUUCAUCUGCUCUUAGAUCUGUUUUCUUUUGUUAAACUUUGAAUAAAUGUAUUCAGUUUGA